AUGCCGAAAACACGUCACCAUGCCUAUUGCUCGGCACGGUGGUGCUCCAAUUCUGGUGCCAAGGGCUCUGUCAAGUUUUUUCGGCUCCCUAAAGACGAAAGAUGCGACAAAUGGCUGGCAUACGCAAACCGGGAGGACUUGGCGGGGCUGUCAAGGGAGCAGCUGAACAAGAGCCACCGGCUCUGCUCGGAGCACUUCACCGACGAAGCCUACGCUGACCCCCAAAAAACAAAACUCUUGCGAGAAGCGCUUCCGUCCGUAAAGGUGACCGACGAGAGGUUCCGUUUCUUGGCGAGUGAAGAGGCCUUGCAAGUAGACGACAAUGACUCUGGGGACCUUGGAGGAUGUGCUCAAGAGGCAGGAUCUGCUAGCCCCACCGACCUUGACACUGAUGCCCCUUUGGAGGCUAUGAGAGGCGCAGAGGGUCAAAACCAGCCUCAAGGCACCGGUGACACCCCUGCCCUUUCCAGUACACCUACAACCAGCAUCCCACAAGGUGGAGAGCAGACCACUGGUUCUCCUUCAACGCCUCAGCCUGGACCCUCUGGUUCUUGCCCUCUCCGUCGCGGGAGGAAAAGAAAGCUCUUCACGCCGCAGACAGCGACAAUUGUUUCAAAAUGGAAGGGUGACGCCCAAAAGUACCGGAAGGUAUUGUCGAGGACCCGAAAGCAAGAGAGGACCCGAAAGCCCACCAAAAAGGCUGCACUGCAGACGUUGCGGUCAAUUGUGAGCGCUGAGUUCUACACGCUUUUGGAGGGUCAGGUUCUGAUCCAGGGUCGCAAGAAGAAGGGAAGGAGGUGGCCACAGGAACUGAGGGAAUUUGCCUUGAGCAUGUAUUUUCAUGGUCCCAAGGCAUAUCGGUUCCUGUCCAAAGUGCUGGCUUUGCCGACUCCGAGGUCCCUUCGAAGGUGGUUGUCUGAGGUGCCAAUGACACCUGGAAUUAUUUCUGGAGUGUUUGAUGUCCUCAAAGACACUGUUAAAGAUUGGCCAUUAGAAGAUCGGGCAUGCAUUAUUAUGUUUGAUGAGAUGUCUCUGCGACCAAAUUUGCAGUAUGACAAAGGAAAUGAUGUGGUCAUUGGUUUCUCAGACGACGGCUUAGAGAGGACAACGGAGGUGGCAAACACAGCCUUUGUUGCCCUCCUUUCUGGAAUCUCAAAGCCCUGGGUGCAGCCCUUGGCGUUCGCAGUGGCAAAAACGACACUGCGAGCUGAAAAGAUGAGGGAAUUGCUGCAGACCUUAAUCAGACAGCUGAAUGAGAUUCAGCUGUAUGUGAAAGCGGUAGUGUGUGAUCAGGGCUCAAGUAAUGUCAAAUUAUCAGAGCAACUGGAAGUGACUCAGGAAGAGCCAUUUUUUGAAGUUGAUGGGCACAAGGUGUAUUUCUUCUUUGACACUCCGCACUUAAUAAAGUGCACGAGAAAUAACCUGCGUGCCCCUCACAAGCUUUUCAUUGGCAAAGAAGCACAUCCUGAAAUUGUAGAUUGGCAAUACAUUCGUGAUUUAUAUGAAUCCUCUAAUCCCCUCAGACAGAGGUUGGCAAGGAAAUUGACAGAUGACCACAUUUAUAAGAGGCCCUUCAACAGCAUGAAGGUAAGGUUUGCCACACAGGUCUUGAGCGACACUGUGUCACUGGCAAUGCUAUUCAUGAUUUCGAUUGGGGCACUGCCUGGGACUGCCAAAUCUACAGCAGACUUCAUAGAAAGAAUGGAUAAACUGUUUGACUGCCUCAACAGCAACAGCUCCACUGCUGUGAAUGGCAAAAUGAACUAUGCUAUAAGUGCCAAUUCUGAGCACUUGGAAUUUUUGCAAGAGGCAGUCAAAUGGAUUGCAAGCUGGAGAUUUGACAGCCCCAGACAGCCGCACACGAUUCGUGGAUGGCUUGUCACCAUCAGGGCUGUCCUCAUGCUGUGGGAGGACCUCUCCCAAAAUUUUAACUUCACUUGCCUCCUGACACGCCACCUGCAGCAAGACCCUCUUGAGAAUCUUUUCGGGUCUUUGAGAAUGAAGCAUGGCUCCAAUGAACAUCCUAAUGUGCUGCAGUUCAUUGCUGCACUGAAGCACGUUUCUGUUGGGAAACUGUUCACUCUGACGUCUCGCGGGAACUGCGAAGUGCAUGACUCGUACAUGCUAGCACGCCUGUCGCAGGGUGACCCUGCGCAGGCACUAGACAUUCAGGAAGUAGAUGUUCCAACUGGUGAGAUGUCGGGUGAAGACCUCCCAGACAUCACGGAGGAGAACGUGCUGUACUGCUUUGCAGGGAACCUCGUGCAGCAAUUCCUCAAGAGCCGCCCUACAGACUGUGCCUGUGAGCGACUUUUGAAGGAACGGGGGUUUUUUGAGGCCGUCAAGAGAUGGAAAAAUGUUUUCUAG